AUGCAUCGUACAAUGUGUCGGGCGCCGCGUCGUGGGGUAUAUCGAUCAAUUCAUCUACUUGAACAUCGUUAUAAGUCAUCUGCUCUAGAAUCAGACUUGUUCACGGCUCUUGAUCACAAUGACCCAGCUUUUGCUGGAGUGUAUUUUUAUGAAACACAAGAGAUCAAUGUACUUUUAGUUGGUAGAUCGCAGACCGGAAAAUCUGCAAUAAUUGAAGCGUUGAGAAAUCCGCGCUUUCGUAAAACAAAAUCUGGCUUUUCUACGACUCGUGAUCCAAAAUGCUAUCGAUUAGUAUUGUAUGUUAAAGAUAAAGAAACAGUGUAUCAAGUAAAUCUAAUUGAUACAGUAGGUGUCAAUGAAGUGUCGAAAGAAGUGGAUAAACAAUGGACAGAAUACGAAAUAUUAGGAUUAUCUCGCAUCUUUUUUCUCGCAUAUUUCUCAACAAAAUAUUCGUCGACAAAAUGGCUUGUCGAUAAAAGUGCUAAUCGACAAAAAUUAGUUGACGAAUGA